AUGGGAAGAGUGAAGCUGCAGAUCAAGAAGAUUGAGAACACCACCAACCGGCAGGUGACUUUCUCGAAAAGAAGAAAUGGUCUCAUCAAGAAGGCUUAUGAACUAUCUGUUCUCUGCGAUGUUGAUGUUGCCCUCAUCAUGUUUUCCCCUUCUGGGAGAGUCAGCAUCUUCUCUGGAAACAACAAAAGCAUUGAAGAUGUUGUUUCAAGAUACUUGAAUCUUCCAGAGCACGAACGCGGAAGGGCUUUGGCCAAGCUGAAGGUUGAAGCAGAAGCAGAUAAAAGAUACCAAGCUGCAAGCCCUGUGAGUGCAGAUUCCCAGAUGGAGGAACUUCAACAAGAAAUUUUUCGUUGCAAGUCUCAGUUGGAGGAAAUGGAGAAAAGGUUGAGGAUUUUCGAAGGUAAUGCUUCCGAAAUUACCACUCUCUCUGAGGCCCAGUACCGGGAGCACAUCCUUGAGGAGACACUAAAAUGUGUCCGUUUACGCAAGCAAGUUUUGGAGGAGAAAUAUGACUAUCCGGGCGUGCAAUCAACUUCGCAGUUGCAUCUGCCUCCAGAGGAUGGGAAUUUAAACAGCUUUGUUGCGAGAAAUCCAGAUCACAUCUUGGAUUGGCUACCGCAGAGAGAUCCACAAGUGCAGAUCAUGAACUUUCUGGGUUCAAAUGGCCUUCUGCCGCUCAGAGAAGAGGGUCAGGUGGGCAUAGAGAACAUAUUGCCAGCAGCAGCAGCAGCAUCUUCGAGCUUUCUGCAGGGCCAAAACGUAGUACAGCUGGAGGAUGAGACGAGCCCAAGCAGUACUACAGGCAUGGAGGAAGAUGACAACAUCAGCAUGCAAAGACACCACCACUUGAUCGGGCAGCAGGAAGUGGGCAGUUUCCGGCUCCACAAGGCAGAGAAGGAGCACUGCAAGAACUACUUCUGUCUCAAUUGA